CAUCUUAAAAAAAACAUUCAACCUUAUUUUUUUCCGAGCGUUUGUCCCAAAUCUCAAAUAUAAAAACACUGAUUAAAAAUUCAAACGAGAAAAGGAAUAAACCAGACAUUCUAAGCUUGACACUAGUUCAUAUUCUUCUCCUUGCACUGAAAUUUCAAAAUGUCAAUGGCAAACGAAUCCAGUUGGGUAGGAAGAAAAGCCGUGAAGCGAAUCGGUGGAAUGUCCGACGCUCUAUCAAUUGCCGCCGAUCUCGGCUUCCCCGUCUCAUCACCAUCACUUUCAUCUUCAUCUUCAUCUUCCCCCCAUGAUCCGCCUCAGAGUUCCUCCCCAACAACCGCCGAAAAGGGUGAAGACUUAAUUAGGGUUUUGAGAGAAUUAACUUCCGUUCAAAAGAAAAUUGCUGAUCUGCAAGUUGAACUUCAGGGACGAAAGGAUGAUAAAAAUGUUGCACAUUUGACACAUGCGAGUGAAAUGAAAAAGAAGAUUGAAACCCUGGCAAGGAUUACUACUAUUCUUAAAGAUGUUAUUCAUAAUAAGGAUCGGAUAAUUGCUCGUCUGCAACAACCGUAUUCCCUGGAUUGCAUUCCCGUUGAAGCAGAAUUUCAGAAAGAUUUCUCUGAACUACUGAUGAAGGCGGCUAGUGAUUAUGGUGCCUUGACAGCAUCAGUGGCAGAUUUUCAAUGGAGUCAGAAUUUUAAGGAACCUCCUUCAGUUUGGGGGGAGAUGCUACGACCUAUUCCUGUAGCGUUGGCAUCUUGCACUCGAUACUUCGAAGCCAUGUCAGCCAAAAGAGAGUCAUUCUCAGCACUUCAAAAAAUGAGAGUGGGACAGUUUGAUUCCACGGUGCUUAGGACGCCGGCCAGAGAUCCUUCCCAAAGACUGCCAGGAGUAUCUGAUUCUCUAACUUCACUUCCAUCAGAAUAAUGGUACACGACAAAGGACCCUGUCUUACCCUCACUCAGUUCAAGGAGAGUGUUACUUAAUCCAAGAUCCGUCUAUCUUUUGUGUGAUAUAUCAUACUUCAAAUGCUUGUGCAGAUCAAUUAGUCACGGAAUACCUCUUUGCAGAAUGAUAAUCCCAUGGCAAAAAUCUUGUGUUAAAAGGGCUGUUUAAUGUUUGUCUGAGAACUCAGUCGAUCAGUUUAAACUACGACUCAUAGCAUCAACUUUACUCUAUUUUUUGUGUGUAAACUAAACUCAUAACUCAAUCUUCUGGAAGGAUUAUUUAUGUAGUUCAUUUUUUAUGUUCUAAAACUUUUAUAAAGAUCCUUUCAGUGUUGUGUAAAUUAUUACUAGUAUGGAAGUCAUUCUUGUAGCAUCUAUAAUACAGGAUUGGUUUUUCCAAUAGGUUGUUUACAUGUCUAAAACAUUUCGAAUGUACUCUUCCAAAAUGAUUUAACUUAGUUGUUCUCAAAUUAUAAUCAAAUAUAGACUAUCAUAUUGUAAAUGUCGGCUGUGUUGAGGAUCCUCUGGAUGGCUGCGGUGUAUGCCAACGGUGGACUAUCCAAGAAAUCGAGCUGAGGGUGGUUCGGGCAGCCCUUGCGGAUGCCAAGGGGAAGUUGAGGAAGGCUGACUCUAACCUCAGAUAAUUUUUAUUUGUUUCACUUGAAAACCUCUUUCUAAAAAUAGAAAAUAAACACAAAAAAAAUCAAACACAAAUAAGAGUAAGAGAAAGAAC